AUGAAAAAAAACGACUCAAACAAUAAUGAGAAGAAACAAAAAAAAAAUAAUUCAAUCAAGCAAGACAGUACAACCAAUUUGAAUUUUUCAAAGAAAAGAAUAAUAUUUAAUAACUUAAUUGUUGAUAAUUUUAGAAAUAUAAAUGAUAUAAAUAAUUAUCUAAGAAAUUCUUCAUUAAAUUCAAUUGGGAACAAAAAUAAAAAUGCGAUAAAUGAUAACUUUGGUGAAAAUUAUCUCAAAGAUAAUAAAAAGAAAAAGUCUCAUAAUUACAAUGCUGGUAUAGAAUCUGUUGAAAAGGGCCUAUCUAAUAUCAGCUUAUUUAAUAAUGAUAAUAAUGAAAGUAUUUUUAAUAAUACUAUUUCUGCUAUUAUAAAGCGCAGUAUUAAAAAUAAUAAAAAAAUAAGUAAUGAUUUGAAAAGGGUCUUGAAAAAAAAAGGAAAAUCUAUUCAAAAGGAGCAACGAAAAAAAAAGCACAAACACAUUACAUAUAAGGUUAAAGAUAAAAAGAAAAAACAGAAAAAUAAUAUAACCAUAAUUAAAAAAAAAACGAAAAAAUAUAAUGUUCGAGAAAAUAUUUCAACCUCAGGUACAGUUUCUAAUAGUACAAAAAAAAGUCAUAGAAAACAUAAAAAACACAAAAAACAAAUUUUUCAAAGUUCUAGUAAUAAUGACGAUGAAUUUAACAGUCAUAAAUAUGCAUUAGAUAAAAUAUAUGGAUCUUUGAAAAAUAUUAAUAGUUCAAUAGAUUCUGUAAUAAAUAAUUUUUAUAUUGAGUGUGAUAAUAAUAAUAUAAUUUCAACCGAUGAAUAUUCAAAUUAUUAUAAACCACCUAGUGAUAUAAAUGAUAAUGAUAAUUAUAUUCAUAAUAAAUAUCAAAUUUCAAAUAUAUAUGGAAAUGCAAAAGAUGGCAAUAAUAAUUAUAAUUCUUAUAUUAAAAGAAAAAAAGUUUCAAAAAAAAUUAACAAAUUUGAGCAUUCAGAAAAUGAUUGCAUAGGGUUUGUAUGUGAUGAAGAAUACAUGUGUGAAUAUCUCCAUUUUGACGAGAAUCAUGUUGAAAGUCCAGAUAGGAUAAGAUGUAUCAUCAAAGCAUUAAAAGAAAAAAAUAUAAUUAAUAAGAUGGUUCAGAUAAAAUGUAGAGAAGCACUGUAUGACGAAAUUAAAGAAUGCCAUACAAGAGCUCAUAUUAAUAAUAUUUUUUAUUCAUUAAAAAAAAAAUUAAAAUAUAAAAAAAAAGAUGUUAUAUACCCAUUUGAUAAGCAUGAUACUUAUUACACUUUUCACACUGGAACGGUUUCUAAAAGAGCAGUUGGUGGACUUUUAAAUUUAUGUGAUGCUAUAUUAUCAGAUAAAAAUGAAAAAUUUAAAUACAUUGAUUUUAAAAAAUCACUCCGUUAUAAUUAUAAUUUUUUUAAAAAUAAUUUUUCUAAUGAUCUAAAGAAUGUUAUAGGAAGAAAUAUUAAUCACAGUACACAUUUGAAACGAUCACAAUCAGAUAGCAGUUUAUCUUCACUAAAAAAUUCACGACGUAGCUUCCUUUUCAACAAUGAUAACUAUGCUAAUAAUAAUGAUAAUUUCUUACUUAAUAAGUGGCAAAAUAAAUUCGCAAAAAACAAAAAAACAUCAUGUUAUUCAUAUAAGUCUAUGUGUGAAAGUGUUAAGAAUAAUAUAGAUGCCUCUCAUUCACAAAAUUUAGAGCAUUCUCAGGAAGAUCUUUCUAAUCUUAAUAAUAAAGAAAAAUCAUAUAACAGUGAUUCAAGUAAUAAUAAUAAUAAUACAUAUACAGAAGGUGCAGCAAUUGAAGCAUACCAAGAGAAGGGGGUAAAUUCUUCCGAAAACCAUUUAUUCAAUGAAUCUAAAAAUAAUAACCAAUUCAAAAAAAUGCGAAGUUAUUCAACUACAAUGUGCAACAUAAAAGACAGUGAUAAUAAUAAUAUAAAUCAGAUUUCUGAUUUAAAAUGUGGAUUUGCUGCUAUUAGGCCACCUGGGCAUCAUUGUAGCAGAAAUAACCCAUCUGGAUUUUGUAUUUUUAAUAAUAUAAGUGUUGCUUGUAAAUAUAUAUAUAUGAAAUAUGGAAUUAAAAAAAUUUUUAUUUUUGAUUGGGAUGUACACCAUAAUAAUGGAACACAGGAGAUAUUUUAUAAUGAUAAAAAUGUUUUAUGUUUUUCUAUACAUAGAUUUGAUUCAAACAAAAAAGUCAAAAAAGGGAAAAAUAAAGAAACAAAUAAAGGGAAAAAUGCAAAAAAAAAUUCUUCUGCAUAUAAUCAAAAAAAUAGCAAAAAAAAAACUAACCGUGCAAACACAACUAGCAAUAUUAGUACUGCUGCGAGUGUUGCUACAACUUCAAUCCUUAAUAAAUAUAAUACUACUACUGAAAGGACAGCCAAAAAAAAUAGAAAAAAUAAAAACAUAGAUAAUGGAAUAAAUUGUAAUAAUUCAUUAUCUUCUAAUUCUGAUACAAAUAAGAAACAGAAGAAAAAAACGAAAAAAAAAAAAACAAAGAAAUUACGUGCACCAACUGAAGAAAAUGGAUUUUAUCCACGAACAGGUGCUAAAAGUGAAUUAGGAGAAAAAAAUGGAUAUAAAUUUAAUAUUAAUGUACCUUUAGAAAAAGGAUAUAAUAAUUGCGAUGUAUAUUAUGUUUUUAAAUUUUUGUUAUUACCAAUAUUACAUGCAUUUCAACCUGAAUUUAUUUUCAUUUCUUCGGGUUUUGAUGCUUCAAUUAGAGAUCCGUUAGGAGAGUGUAAUUUAACUCAUACUCUAUAUGAAUGGAUGACACUACAAUUAAAAAAAUUUGCAAAAAUUUAUUGUGACGGUCGAAUAAUAUUAGUUUUAGAAGGAGGCUAUAAUUUAAAAUAUUUACCAAAAUGUACACUAGCAUGCUUAAAAGCUUUAAUUAAGAAAAAUAUAAAAAUACCUAAUCAAGAAACAACACGCAAUGAUAGUAAUACUCCCAUGCUUAAUGACCAAGCAAAUGAGGAAGAUCAAGAUAACAAGGAAAAUAACAAUAAUAAUGAAUCACAAGAAGAUCAACUCGAUUUAGAAAAUGAUAACCCUUCUGAAAAGCCAAUGUAUACGUUCUCAGAUGAUAAUAGCAAUAUGCAUGAGGCAAAUAAUGACGAGUCUCAAUUAGAUAAAAGUCAAAAUGACAUUGCCAUAGAUGAUAAUGAUGACACAAGUCCGGUGAUAAAUAAAACAAAUGAAACAAACUCAUCUUUGGAAAAUGAAAAAUUAACAAAUUUAAAAAAUGAUUCGAGAAAAUUUUCAAAUACAUAUGAUCAUGAAAAUUUUUAUAAAUUUAAUAAUUUAGAAAAUUAUCCCAAAAAAGGUGAUAAAAUAUUCAAUUAUUAUUGUGAAAAUUCAUAUCCUAGUAAUAAAAAAAAAAAAAAAAAAUUAUUUACUCGAGGAAAACUUCAUUAUUCUACUUAUAAAGUUAUUAAAUAUUUUUUAAAUAUAUUAAAAGGUGAACCAUAUUAUUUAAAUAUUAAUUUACCACCUUAUAAUAAGUUUAUUAAAAAAAAGGGAUUAGAAAAUGAUUCCUCAUCAAACCUUGGCCAUAAAAUAAAAUUCUACAAUGAGAUAUAUAACUCAUCUGAUGAUAAUAGUUAUGGCAAGGAAAUUUUAAGUGGAUAUACAAAGAAAAAAAUUAAAGAAUUAAAUAUGUACAAUCAACAAGGGAAUGAAUUCAGUUCAUUAUCUUCAUCAGUAUCGAAUAUUUCAAACAGUGACUUAUAUUUUUCAAAUGAUGACUUAGAUGCCACGGAUACCUAUUCGGAUAGUAGCCAUUACAGUAUAAAAAAAAUUAUUACACUCAAUAAACUUAAAUCAAAAAUAAAUAGUACUAUUAAUAAUAGUAGCAGUAGAAAUACAAAUAAAAAAAAUAAAAAUCAAAUAAAUGAAAUGGGAUUUUCCAAUUCUAUUAAUAAUAAUUUUGAAAAAAACAAUGAAUUUUAUGAUUUGACAAAUUACAUUGAUAACGAUUAUAUGAUAGAUAUUAGUAAUACAAAAAAUGAAAAUAAAUCCAGAACAAAAUUGAAUAAACGAACUAUUGCUAGAAGUACAAGAAAUCAAAAUAAUUUACAAAAUUACAAUAAAAUAAAAAGAUAUAAUUAUCAAUGUCAUACAAUUUCAAAUGUAUCAAAAAAUAAGGACAUACCCCGUUAUAUUAAUGGAGACUUAACAAAUAUUAAAUAUAGUCAAGAUCAAUUACAAAAUUCAUUUGCCAUGUAUACACAAACCAAAAAGGGAUAUAUAUUUUUUUAUGGAAGUGGUCAUAAAAAUCAAUGGGUAUUACCUGUAAAUAAAAGAUUAACCAAAAUAAUAAAGCUAUGCUCUAAAUCAGAGGCUUUUUUUUAUGCAUGGUUAUAUCUAUGUUGUGAUAAAAAUAUAUGCAUUACAAAUACACAAGAAAAUUAUUCUUCAAUAUUAGAUGAUAAUAUAACUCUUGAGGGCCCAAAAUUAAAUAAAUAUUUUUCAGACGAAGAAAUACAAUUAGGUAAAGAACUUCUCAAAUUUACAGUACCAUGCUAUCACGUUUUUUUGGAAGAUAAUCAACUAAUGCAAUUGGGUCGUGUAGAAGAAAUAUAUGAAUCGAUAGAUGAAGCAGAACGCGAUGAAGUAAAAUCAGAAAAUGAUAAUUCAGAUCAGUAUAAUGAACAAAGUAAUAAUGGUAGUGUCGAUAAUGCCUCGAGCCAAAAUAAUACGGACGACAAUAAAUAUGAAUCAUAUGAGUCACAAAGUAAUUCUGAUAUAAAAGAAAAUGAAACUCCAAAAGACCCAGAAUUUUAUGAAUCAAAAAUAGUGACAAAUGAAAAUGCAGAUAAUGAAAAAGACCCAAAUGAUUUUUAUGAUGUAAUUGAAGACAGCGAAAAAGAAGAAGGUGAAAAUAAUUCUAUCCCUAUAAAUAUUGACAAUAAUAAUGAUCAAAUAAAUGAUAUUUAUGAAAAUAAAAAUGAUAUAGAAAAAAAAUUAUAUAUAAAUAGAUUAAAAACAGCUAUUUGCUUACGAAAUGUAUUAAGUACUAUGAGACACCCAUGUGCUAUGGAUAUAAAGAUGGGAAUAAAAUUAUAUGGUGAUAAUUGUGAUGAAGAAUCAAUACAAAAAAAAAUUGAAAAAGCAAAAAAUAGAUCUUGCUUGUCGCAUGGAUUCCAUUUAACUAGUUUAAUAGGAUGGAGUAAAAAAAAGAAACAACCAUUUUUUAUAUCAAAAGAAGAUGCACAUUUAAUAAAAAAUGAUGAUAAAUUUGUUGAAGCUUUUUUAUCAUAUUUCUUAGCAUGUGAUAAUAUACAACUUUCCGUGUUUUUGUUAAAAAAAGUUCUUAUAAUAUUAGAACACAUGAAAGUAUUUUUUGAAAAUCAAUCUUAUUUUGCUUUUUGUGGAUCAAGCUUAUUGUUUGUUUUUGAUUCCGAUCCUUCGAAAAAUAAAUGUGAAGAUAAAAAUAAUGACGAAAAUGCUAAUAACUCUGAUAAUUCAAAUACUGAAAAUAUCAAUAAUGAUAAUGAUAACCCUUUUACAUUUGGGAAUGAAUCAGAUAAAUCAGAAAGUAGUAAAGACCUAAAUUAUGAUCAUGAAGAGGAAAAAAAAACAUAUGAAGAAAUCUUUAAUUUUAGGGAUCACAUUCAAAAACAAUUUGAAGACUCUCUAACUACAGAAGAGAAAAAUGUUUAUAUGGGAUCAAAGUUAAACAUUCAUGUUUUGGAAAGCGCUAGUGUCUACAUAAUUGAUUUUGCCCAUGCAAGUCUAGAUAAGAAGGAACAAGACCAGGGAUUUUUAUUGGGAAUAACUUCUCUUCACCGCAUAAUAAUCAAAACGAUGGAAAAAGUAAAAGCCUCGAUUUGA